CUGCAGGGGAGGAGUGGUCUCGUUUUCUGCACGCUAUAAGUGCCAGUGCGGGCUGAUCCUCAUGCUCAUAACUACAACUAUCAUAGCAGAGAAGAAGAUGAUCUACACCAAGUUUUUGGCACUUCUGCUGACUCUUUCCGCCUACGGCGCCUCUGCUCAAGAGCUGGCAAACCGGCUCUCCACAGUAGAAUGGGAGGCAUAUCAUGACCACGAGCACCAGGGCCCGGGAAGCUACGCGUACGGUUACGACGUGCAGGAUCCCUUAACAGGCAACGUCCAGUUCAAAGAAGAGUCCCGGAAGCCAGACGGAACGGUCAGGGGCAGCUACGGCCUUGUCGAGCCCGACGGCAACGUCAGGAUUGUCCAUUAUGUCGCCGACAGCAAAGGAUUCAGGGUCCGCAUCGAGAAUUCAGCCAAGCCUGACGAAUUCCAUCCGGCGCAGAGGAGAAUCGACGAGGCUCCGGUGCACCGCCGGCUCAUCGAUGGCAAAUACGGCCAAAGAUUGCUGCGGAGGCCCAUUGUCGUGGGGCCCGUGGCACCCACCGCUCAAACCCAACUUACAGCGCCGGCUGCAUCUCAAACUGUCUAUGUGAUACCUGCAGAAAAUACGCACACUCAAUUCGUGCAAUACCUGCAACCUGCGUAUUUCCAAUCAAAAUAAUUUUUGAUGAAAUUAUUUUUUCAAAAAUAUUUAUAAAAGUUCAAAUCAAAUUAGAAAAUUUGAGAUUGUAAAAUUUGGGUAAAUAUUAAGUGUGAAACUUAUACUCAAUGUAUUAUUUGAUUGUUUUUGUGUUAAAUGUGUAUUUCUUAUUUUAUAAGUCCUGUAUCACUUUUAUUUUUCAU